AUGAACAAUUUUGGUACUUAUUCGGGAUUUGUGGACCCAGCAAAAGUACAUGUAUUGGUUGUCCCAAUCGGAAAUUGGGAGAGAGAAGACUUUAAAUCUUCAAUUGAUAUCAUGAAAAAAUAUAAUGAAUUACGAUUAUUAGAUAUAUCACCAAUUGAUAGCUUACUAUUUACACCACAAGGCUUCCCUAACGGACGAAUAUUUUUGAAUUAUAAAACCUCGACUUUCACUAAUGAAGCUGAUUUAUUUUUAUAUGAUUUUGAACCAUUUAGAAAAAUAUUUAUUGUAAUUGGUUUAGUUAAUGAUGAUAGUGAUCCUUUAGAUAAUUACAAAAAAUUAAAAGAGCUAUACCCAGACAUCAUAUCACAUAAUUUAAUGUAUACAAAUACGGAUCGUACAGAUCUCAAAGAAACUUUAGUAGGUGACAAAAAGAAUGAUGAAGAUAUUGGAUCAAAAUUGUUUUUAUGCAAUCUAGCCAACAAUGUUGAACAUAAUAAUAAUAUUCAAACUGUUAUAUGUGAUAUUGCAAAAAAUUUCUUAAAAUCACUAGAUCAUUAUUAUUCAUCUUAUAAGCAUGUCACCCUACGAUCUCCUGGUGCAAUUGGUGGUAGUAAAAUUCUAAAGACUACGUUGUCACCAUCUCUUUUGAAUUCAGGGACUUCAAAAUCAUCACAAACAUCAAAAGCAAGUUCACAUUCAAAACGGUUAUCCACAUUUGAAAUGACAAGUAAUAUUAAACGGUCAGCAUCAUUGCAGCUUGCUAGAUCAUUGGCAACAUCUGAUAAUAAAGCACAGCAGAAAUCUCAAGGCAGACAACUAAAAAUUUUGGGAAACUUUCAGCUUUUAUCCGGAAGAUAUUCAGAUGCAUUGAAUAGUUUUACAGAAGCAAUUAUAUUACUCCAUGUCGUCCGUGAUUAUCUGUGGUUAGGUUCUGCCCUAGAUGGAAUUGCUAUCUGCUUCUUGCUAUUGAAAUAUUUAGAUAUUUCAUUCAAAAUUCCAUCUGUUAUAACAGAGUUGUGUCCAAUUGAAAAACUUGAACCUACUAAUGAAAGUGUAACUAACCUUUUAAGGAAAAGUACAUCGAGCCAAUCAAACGUGUUAUCCCCAAGAAACUCGAUCAAUUCCAGUGUACCUCCAUUGGAAAUUUUAAAUUCAGAGAUAAUAUUACCGUACUUAAUAAAAUCAAUUUCUGACAAAGCAUUAUAUUAUUAUGAUUCUUCGCUAGCUCAUAAUAGUGAGUAUGUACCUCAAAAUGUUUAUUGUGAAUUAUUAUUAAAGACGACAACUUUUAUGGUUGUAUGCAAAAAUGAUAUUGAGAUCUCAAAAUUCUCUAUGAAAAAAAUAAUAAAUUACAAUUAUUCAGAAAUAGGUAUUAUAGACAGAACUUCUGAGAAAAUAGUUUUUGCAAAUGAAGAAAUUUAUUAUUUUAUAUCUAAUAUAUUUGAAUUACAAGUAAAAGACAUGGAGAUGUAUUCCCAAAAAGAUAUUUACUUUACAUUGGCAGAAAUUUAUGGUGCAUUGGGGUACUAUAAGAAGAAAACCUUUGUCUUGAGAUUAUUAUUGGUAGCAUUAGCUGCCACUUCUGAUAAAGGUAUAUGGCAACCAUCUUAUCAUGCUUUACUUUUAAAAAUGGUUGAUUUGUAUAAUAUAUCUAGCAUUAACCCUGAGUCUUCAAUAGUAGAUGCCUCAAAAACAACAUGGGUUACUUUCCAAAAAAAGGCAUUGAUAUUGUUGAUAAAAGUAGCAGACAAAGUUCAUGAUAAAGAAUGUCUAGCAACGUUUUCAUUACUUUUAUUCACGAGAUUUUCUCAUUUAAUGACCCAAAAUGAACAAAAAAUGCACUUAUUAACUUACAUUCAACCAUUAGUUACAAAUAGUUAUAUUUCAAAUUAUUGGGACCCAUUUUUACUCAGAGAUCUUACACUAGAGAUUGAUAAUAAUGCAAGUGCUGAAGUUGAACAAAGACUUCUUUCUCUGAAAGAUAAUGUUAUGUCCUCUGAAUUAGCCGAACUCUCUCUUUCAAAUGGUGACCUAGAAGAAAAGAAGGUAUUUAAUCCUUUCAAAAUAAGAACACUAUCAAAUCUGACAUCAACUUCUGAAGUAAAAGUACAAAAACCAAAAAUUGCUCAAGUAGGUGAUAAUGCGUUUCUGAAGGUUAAACUACAAAAUCCAUUUAAAUUUGAAGUGUAUGUUACUAGUUUUGAAAUGAAAGAAGAAACAAAGAAAUAUAUUAAAUUAGACAAUGAUUCUGUUGAUGCUAAUCAUCCAUUGAUUAUUCAACCAGAAUCUUUUAUUGAAAUAAGUUUUCCUGUAUCUUUCAUCAGUCAGACUUCAUCCCACAAUCUAGUCAUAGAUUCUCUUUUAAUCUCUGUUUUUGAUAUGAAACCAACUCCGUUUAAUGUUAUUAAAAAGGACUCGCAAUUACACUGCAAGGAAGAUAAUUCUAAUUCCAUCAGAGGUUGCAAGUCUAGUUUCGAAGUUCAAAUUUUACCUGAAUUACCUGAACUAGAAAUUAAAAAGACAAGUAAAAUGAUAAAUAAUCAAUGGAUGAUACUUGAAGGUUCGUCUGAUUUUUUUAAACUAGAAAUUGGAAAUAGAUCUCUACGUUCGAAUAUCGAUUAUAUAUCGUUAAGCUAUCGCACCAAUAUAGAAGCAUCGAUAAAAAGCAAUUAUUGGAAGAAUAUGAAGAAAGAUGACUUAUUUGAUUAUGAAACUAGGCUAGAGUGGUUGAAAAAUGAUCUAAUUAAAUUUUAUUACUACCCAGCAAGUUUGUUAGCAAACGAAAAAUCUGAAAUUAAAUUUGAGGUAAAUUCAGGCCUAGAAUUUCUAGAAUUUCUUAAGUUUGAUAUAGAUAUUGAGUAUGGUAUGAAAUCAGAUGAUGGACAGUGGCUAUAUAUCAAAACCAUAUCCAUUCCACAUCAAUUAACAAUUAAGAAAUCGAUUGAAAUUCCCGGAAUAGAUAUGAUGCAAUUAACAGACACAUUCAGCGAUGCAACAUAUACCGUAGAUUGGAUUUCAUACAUCAAUGAACAACUGAAACGAGAUCGUACAUCAAAAAUUACUGACUAUAUAAUACUAUUACUAGAUGUUAGAAAUUCCUGGGUCGAUGCAGCAGAAGUAAAUUUUUCAUUUGAAUCAUAUUCUAGUACGCCAUUCAUAAUUGAAUCCGGUCAUACCUCAAGGGUGAUAAUUCCAAUCAAGAAGUUAGGUGUAAAGAAACACUUGUUUUCAAAUAAACCAGUUCCUAAAGUUCACAAAUGGCGCCAAUUUAUUCAAACAGGCAUGACUGAAGACGAAAAGAUUAGGAUGAGAGAAAAGUUUUGGUGUAGGGAAUAUAUAUUAGAAAACUUAAAAUGUGAUUGGGUAUUACAAAAUGGAACAUAUUCCGGUGAUGUCAAAUUUAGACCAUAUAUUGAGAAGUUUAGCGACUCAUUCAUGAGCCUCUUUUACAAUGAAUCGUUAGAAUAUAAUAUUGACAUGAGCAUAGAUACCAAAGAUAUUAAUAACAUGACGGCUGGGCAGCCAUUUGAUUUGAUUGUUCUACUAAAGCGAUCUAAAUUCUCACAAAACGAUAGUCAAGAGUCUUUCCGAAUGAAUUACAUGAUCUAUGAUAUCAAUGGCAAUAGACACACUCUUGUGGCGGACAAUAGAAUUCUAUCUAAUGGAAAUAUGUAUACAAUUUUCCAUAUUAUAAAUUCACUUGAAUGUAAGUUGAAUUUUAUACCGAUUGAGUCUGGUAAAUAUUUAAUUGAGGUAAAUCUAUGUCCAUCAGAAACGAGUGAUCAGAAUAUAAAAUUAGCAUCUCAAUCGAUUUCUUUUGAAAUCAAAUAG